AUGGCUCCUCAAAUCAGGAUCGUGGUGAGGGACAGAGGGCUCUUCGCGACGGGGACGCCUGUCAAGCCCUUCGCUGCCUUCAAGGCGGCUCAGUCGGUGCAGCCUCCUCGCUCGAAAAGAGGCGAUUUGGCCAUGCUCCGGCUGGGGCUUGACAUCGCCCUCGAAUACUUCAAUAGCGACGGAAGCGUGUCCAUUUCGUCGCUAACAACCAAAGCCAGACUCUGGGCGGACCGGUACUUUAAGGGGUACCCGUACGCAGCGAAGAGGCCAACUGCCCUUUUGAGAACCUUCCCCAACCUCUUCAACUUGGACAUUGAACCCCAUCUUCGACUGCUACCAAAGAUCAUGUCACCACCGUCCUCUCCCGAGCCCGAGGGCGCUAGUCCUCGAGAUCUCCGCCGUUUUGAGCGGAGAGCCAUGAACUCCGAGGCAUUCCCCGAGUUUGCCGAACCCACUCUUGCUUCGGAUGCCGAGAUUGAGCGAAUCAUCGAUCUCCCGAACCGCCGCACUGCGCCCACCACCAAGCCGACAAUGAGGGUCGACGCCUCUAUGCUUCGCGGCUCGGGCCUGAUGAGCACGCUCCCCGAGUUCCUCGGCCAGCUGGCGCGGGCCAACCUGGAGACCGAGACAACGCUAGCCAACGACCCAGACGCCGUCCGCUUCGAGCUUGACGAGGACCAGGCUGCAUCCCAGCAGCACGUCGAGAUGAACCUGUUUUCGGGCUUAGUCGAGGCUCAGAAAUUGAGACACCAGAGGCGCAUCAUCCUCCCGGGUGACCUCGCCGUCAAGCACCCGGGUACCCCCCAACAAGAUAGCAGCGAGCACGAGGGCAACAUCGAUGGCAUGCAACGCACCGACGAAGACAGCGGUGACGAGACCGACGCCUCAACCUCCACAACCGCCAGCCUGCACGCCAACCUCAGGAAGCGCAAGGCGUCAGAUUCCGUGGACGACGAUGACUCCGAGGCCGCCAGCCCGCCCAACAAGAUCCGCCUCCAGUACCGCUAUCCCACCCCCAAGAUCCGUCACUACGACAUGAAGCGGCGUAAGCUGGUUAGCCGGCCGAACCCGGAUGCCGUUCCCAACGACCCGUUCGAGCCCAAAGCUGCCGCCCACAAGGACUCCAUCACCGUGGCUGUGGGCGACAGGCCCACCAGCAGCGGCAGCAACGUCAGCGCCUCUUCUUCAUCAAGUGGCGGCCGCGUCCCGAUCACCAGAAUUCGCGUCCCUAGCCGCAGCCCCGACGGAUCGCGGUCCACCUCCCCCGAUAGAAUCAUCAUGCUGCGGCAUCCCGUGAUGCCAUCGGCGACGGGCUCGCGCGAUAGUAGCGAGGAGCCGGGUUCAUCUUCGAGCCGCCGGACUAAGAUCAAGGUGGUACAGAGGGAGCGGCGGGACGCGGAGAGGAGGACAUUGAUUGAGGAGGUGGAGUGA